AUUUGAUCGUCUCACAGAACACAUCUUCUCUGCCUUGUUAAACCACACUUUCGGCAAUAUGACCAUCAACGCACUCCACGGCUGCACAAAUGCUGCAGUCGCACUUCCUGGGACAUGGAUAGUCUGCGCCCAAUUGUGCUCGAGGUGGCAAGCAUAGCUGAUUUGAUCGAAUGCAUCGUAUCGCACGGUGCACCACCUACCACACUGAUCGUAUGCUCAUCAAGAGCUGCCUUCGUCAGAAGUAUGCAGCAUGGUCGAUACCACGCGUCCGAUUUCAACGACAGUGAAGUUGAUGAGAGACUGAGAGAGGAGACAUCGUCCGCAGCCUGUGGUCUCGAGCUCGAACGCUUCGCCCCUACUCUCCGCAUGUUGUCCGAAUCAAGAAACGUACAAGUUGUCUUCUGCAGCGACGUUGCGCAGCUAAGAGGCUACCUCGCUGUUUACUCGACUAAGGCCACUAUGCAACAGGAACGACCAUUGGGGUCCCAUGCACGCGUGCCUCUUUUGACCGUUCUGAAUCCCAUUGGUUUGCAUCGCCGCACAAGUGAUUUUUCCGCACGUGGUUUGAAUCGCACUAUGUCAGUCGCUGUUGAGGCUGCCAGUCAAAAUCAUAGCAAACUCGUGCUGGUGGAGAUUUUCGAAGCAUUUUCUUCUAGCGACGAUGCCAGCAGUGCUAACAACGGUCCACCCGAGACUACGACCAAUGACUCGAGCACUAAUCCCUGGCUGGAAGAAAUCUCCAUGAUGAAUGUGACGACCAAAGCCUUUGGUAUUGGUGACCGUGGCUGGGUUGGCCGCACAGUCACCAUCGCUGCCGUACUCGAGCGCUGGUGCUGCUUCAAAAAGCUCUCCGAUCUUACACAUACAUCAUCCGACGAGCAUGAUAUGCAGUGAAGAUAUUGCCGCUGCGGCGACGACUGGAUUCGCAUAUGGAUACAGUAAAGCA